AUGCUUCUUCCGAAGGGAGGUGUCACAUGGAAGUCUACCCGCGCUAGGUUCCCUCCAUGGCGGGCCAUCCUCGUGUUGUUGACCAGGACACGCUUCCUAAUCUCAGUCGCCGUGACGGGCCUGGUGGUUCUCCUAUGGCGCGGCAUCAGCAGUUCGGCCGCAGAGAUGCAAAGUUUCUACUGCUACGGACCGUCUACUUCACCGAUGAAAAUGACUAUUAAUGAAAUGAAUGAUUGGAAUGCGCACUUGCAGACCCCAGUGAACUUCAAUCGCCAUGAGGCCUUUGAUGUGAACUCUCCCUCAAUCUCUUCCGUCAAUCUCAACCCGAUCAAGUCGACUCCCAAGGCUGCCAGCAAUGGAGAACGUGUCUUGAUUCUCACCCCGCUGCGUGACGCCGCGCCAUACCUUCAAAAGUACUUUGACCUAUUAUCCGAAUUGACAUAUCCCCACGACCUCAUUGACCUGGCUUUCCUGGUCGGCGACUCGACUGAUGAUACAUUGGCUCUCCUGAGCUUGGAGCUCCAACGGAUCCAGGAUCAGGUGGACGAGAAAAUCGCCUUCCGCAGUGCUCUCAUUGUGCAGAAGGAUUUCGGAUCGGAUAUUGAGAUGGAUAUCAAGGAAAAGCAUUCGUUCGAGGCCCAGGGCCCCCGCCGCAAAUCCAUUGCGCGAGCUCGGAACUUUUUGCUCUACUCUGCUUUAAAACCGGAUCACUCGUGGGUGUACUGGAGAGAUGUGGACAUUGUCGACAGCCCGAAGAAGAUAUUGGAGGAUUUUAUGGCGCACGAUAAGGACAUUCUCGUACCUAAUAUCUGGUUCCAUCGCUAUGAAAAUGGCAUUGAUAUUGAGGGCAAAUUUGAUUACAACUCUUGGAUCGAGUCAGACAAAGGCCGCCGGUUGGCUGAUUCUCUCCCUAAAGAUACGGUCCUUGCCGAAGGUUACAAACAGUACGAUACCGGCCGGACAUACUUGGUGAAGCUCGGUGACUGGCGGAAAAACAAAGACGAGGAGGUGAACCUGGAUGGAAUUGGCGGUGUGAAUAUUCUGGUCAAGGCCGACGUUCACCGAGCCGGUAUUAACUUUCCUUCUUAUGCCUUUGAAAACCAAGCCGAGACCGAAGGGUUUGCUAAAAUGGCCAAACGAGCUGGCUAUGAGGUGGUUGGUCUCCCCAAUUACGUUGUGUGGCAUAUAGAUACGAACGAGAAACCCGGUAAUCUCGGCGGCCGCAGAGCAUACUGA